UGCCGCAUUUCGCAAUCAAGAACACCUCGGAUGGGUUCGUACUUCACUUGAAGACUCGAUCGAGUUGUUGGGCAUCAGAUCGACUAAAGACAGCGAAAUCGGCCGAGAGCCCCCUUCAAGAACUUUGAUUGUGGCUUGGAAAAUAAAGUAGCCUAUAAUAUACAAAAUACAAGAAAGCUGAGAAACAAAAUGACGAAGAUUGGAGCCACUCUCAAGUUUGAAAAUAUCCAUCUGAUGGUGGGUAACACGUCCAUCCUGCAAGAUGUCAGUGGGUUAGCUGAACCAGCCCAGCUCAUGGCAGUGCUCGGACCUAGUGGCUGCGGGAAGACUACCUUGCUACACGUCAUCUCUGGUCGCCUGGCAGAGUUCGAUUUCGGCAGCGUGAUGAUCAACGAUUUCCCACUCACGAAGGCGCUACGUCGGAAGAUCGCUCUCGUACUCCAAGAUGACAUCUUCUUUGCCAAUCUCACCAUCAGGGAGACACUUAUGUUCACCGCAAGGCUUCGCCUUCCCUCCAGCAUGCCAUACGAGGCCAAGGAACGCCGCGUCGAAGAGAUUGUAGACACCCUAGAUAUCAGAAAAUGCCUCGAUACCAAAAUCGGUGACUAUCUGAAGCGUGGAGUAUCAGGCGGUGAGAGGAAGCGAGCUAACAUCGCCUGUGAGCUGCUGAUGGACCCCGCUGUGCUUAUGCUAGACGAACCCACGUCAGGCCUUGAUUCGACGACCUCAAUGAUGCUGGUCGAGACUCUGAAGAAGUACGCCGCAGACACGUAUAAGACGGUCAUUAUGACCAUCCAUCAACCAUCCAGUCAGAUCUUCCACUUGUUUGACAAACUCUUGCUAUUGGUUGCGGGACAGGCUAUUUAUUUUGGGCGGGCUAACGAAGCUUUGGACUACUUUGGAAGUCUAGGUCUCCACUGCGAGCCACACACCAACCCGGCUGACUUUUUGAUGGACAAGUCGAAAGGAACAGAAGAUGAGCUUUCAUUACUCUUUGAUGCCGCCAAGAGAAAGACAUGGCGGACGACCACGCGGGAAUCACGAGAGUCCCAAACGCCAUUUGAUUGGAUCCAUGGAUGCCAUGACCGUCUCCCGUCACCCCUUGACCGGGUCGAUUUGAGCACGUUAUCGGACGAUGUGCCCUUCGAUAUAUUGGGAUUGUACCAUCCACCUGAGCAUCAAAGCAAAAGAGGCUCCAGACUGUCAUCCUCUUCAGAGCAAGAAAACCACGCCAGAAGGACAAGUGUCUCACCGGAUCGCGACCACUCGAAACGCCGUCGCAGCACAGCCAACGACCCCGCAAUCGGUUCCUCCAGUUGGGGCGUCCGCCGUAACGCUCUGGUAACACUCUCCGGGGCGAUCGGCGUGGUCGGAGUUGUGUCGUCCGACACGGGGGGACAUUUCUACAGUAAAAAACAGCUCAGGACACGGAAGGUCAGUACCUCGUCAUCCCCGGACAACUUGGAGAAGUGGCCCACUACCUUCUUGGACCAACUCCGGACGCUGACCCGGAGGAACUUUAGGCAGUCCCGAGACGUCUUCCUAUCUAAGUUCCUGUUCAUUAAGAACAUCUUGUUGGCUGUGGUGGUUGGAUUACUUUGGUUCCAAACACAGCACGAAGAGCAAAGGAUCAACGACAUCAGAGGCUUCUACUUCUUCGGGUUGGUCUACUGGGGCUUUGAAUCCAUGUUCAUGGUGAUGAAUGCUUUUCCGGCGGAGCGGGCCGUUGUGAACAAAGAACGACUAUCCGGAGCUUACCGCCUCUCUGCUUACUACCUCUCUAAGAUGCUUAGUGAGUUACCCUUGGUCCUCAUAAUGCCUUCAAUCUACUACAUCAUUACGUACUGGAUGGCUGGUCUCAACAGCUCACCAUUAUCAUUCCUUGCCUCCUGGUGUGCAUUGCUUGUAAACGUUCUAGUGGGACAGUCUAUAGGGUUGACCAUCAGUGCGUCUGCCCCUUCCAUCCAGGAAGCGGUCAUCACCGUCUCACUGUUCAUGCUGACCACUCUCAUGCUUGGUGGUUUCUACAUAGAGCAGUUACCGGUCUGGCUGGAGUGGUCUAGUUACCUGUCGUAUACAUUCUACAUAUUUACUCUGCAGAUGCACUUUGAGUUUGGCAUGGAUGGGAACCCUGUCAAAUGCCGUCAAGAUAACAGCGUUUUUGACGAGUGUGGUCCAAGCUCGAACCUAACACACGUGGAUAGCGUCAAGGUACUCGACCAUAUAGCACUAAUACCACUGCCAUUGCAAGCGAUCUGCGCGAUAGUAGUCGGGUACUUUGUGGUAUUUCGUAUCCUGGGAUACGUUGUGCUUCGUUUCAUCCGCACGCCUGGGUGAAUUGAAGUCAACAUUGAACUUCAAAAACACGAAAAAAGACUAUCAAUACCCGGCACUAAUGGGGGACUUUGGAAUGCUAGGUGGCAGCAGACUUACCGGAUAAAUUGCCAUAGACCUUUUCGCAAAUAACCAUUGCGCAAG